AUUGCUGGGGCCGGAUCAGAACCAAGUGAAUCUCUCCCUGUGAUGGCCACUGGCGGUGGGCGGAGCCUCGUCCUAUGUUUGACAGCUAUACAUAAUAACGUAUAGCGCAUAGUGUGAGGAAAACCAUGCUGCUCCUAGGUUACAAUGCCACCAGCGAUGGAACGAUGCGUAUGACGACUCCUCGUUGAUUUAAAGAAACAUAAAACAACAGUGUAUACCACCAUGUUGUAAAUAGCCAGGACAUCUUUCUUACUGCGUCGAUUGAAAAUGCACCGCGCGUUCUCCUUCCCCAUCACCGUUGAACGAAGUCGCACCAAGGACCGUCUGGAGGCGAGCCUUGCCGGGAUAUGCGAGUUGGAGCUCCGCAAGCAGAGGCAGGAAUGCCUGGUCCUUGGGGCGCUAGCCCUUGGGGACUCCAUGCCCCAGAAUUCAUACAAGAGUGAUAUGGCAUGUUUCAGCAACUGGGGCCAGGAAAACUUGACAUUGAGGCGUCAACUGAGUGCCCUCCAGAAUUCCCCAUGGGGGUUGAUGCAGGCGUUGGAGAAGCAGGUGGGAGAGCUGAGGAUCGAUCCAAACAAUGAGAGCUACGAAGCAGCCCUGGGGGAUGCAGGGGACAGCCGGCCCAGUUCAGGUUUCUAUGAAUCCAGCGAGGGUCACUCUCCAAAGGAAACGUUUGAGCCCACAGACCCUGGCUCUACCUGGGCCUACAGCAGUGAAAGGCCCAAAUCUCUGGGAGACGCUCUCAUGCUGAGCGCGGACGACGGCCAGGACUCACCGGCGGCACGCACCUCCCUGCCCCGCUCGUUCUCCGCGCCCUACCCCCCCCUGGAGGGCAUCGCCGAGGAGGGCUCGUCCGAGGAGCCCUGGCAGUGGGAGUCCCGCCAGGCCGCGGGGCAGCAGCCCUCCCCGGAGGAGGAGCGCCGGGUCAGCGAGGAGGACUACCGGCGGGCCCUGCGGGUCGAGGGCUACAUCCUGGGUCUCAUCCAGCAGCACACGCUGUCCCCGCCGCGGCCCUGCCAGCCCCGCACCACCCUCAACCCUGACCUCCUGUACGGCCAGCACAGAAGGACCCCUUCUCACACUCCCGAGCGCCGCCUACUUGACCCCCGCGCUGACCUCUCCCCGAACCCUGAGAGCCAGGCCUGGGGUGGUGACCUGCUGCCGGGGGAGGCCCCCUCUUUAGAGGAGGACUGCUAUCUGGCAUUGCCCUACCCCCGCCCCAGGCCCCUCUCCCUGGCCGGAGGGCUUCCCCCACCUCAGCUGCCCACCCUCCGCCCCAGCUGUGGCGCUGGGACGCUGGAUCUUUGUUAUCGGCCCGACUCCCCUUCGCACUCCCCGUCCCCCCGCUCCCCGUCUCAUUACAGCCAGGAGUUGGUGUGUGCUCAGUACAUUCCUGGACAGGGCUGCCACGCCCCUCUGCAUUCACCCAGUCACUAUGCCCCGGGUCAGCUCAAGUCCGGCCUGCUUAUCACAUCCCCUGACCGGCCUCGCCAACCCGCCAAGCCCAGAGGAUCUAAGAAGAGCCACGACAAUGAUGGACAGGCCUCGAGGAAGGGCAGCACUAAGGCCAGCAGGUCCCUGUCCGAGAACAGCCUUCUGGGCCAGCAGGGGCCACCGGAGCGCCGGUACAGCACCACAGAGAGGCCUCAGGGCCGGAAGGAUCCUGCCCUCCAGCAGGCCCAGGGCAGCGGCCCGGGGACCGCCGGGACCGGCCGCCGCUGGUGCUCCAACCUGGAGCUCAGCCAGGACGAGGGGGAGACCCAGACCAAGGCCGGACCGGGGCAUCGGCGGCCGACUCGAAGGGCCCGCCAGGCCCCUCCAGCAGCCCAGCCUCAACCUCGCGCUCAGCAUCAUCACCACCAGCACCAGCGCAGCCACAGUGCCCUGCCUCAGCCCCCAGACUGCCCAGAGAGAGCCCCUAUUUGUCGGGGAGAGGGGGGUUCCGCCGCCAGGGCGGCCCCUGGAGAAUCCGAGUCCAGCAUGAGCGAGGUGUACUCCCGCGCCUCCAGCUCCCUGUCCAGCGACUCAGACGAGGGCGGACUGGUGUGGCCCCAGCAGCUACCUCCACGUCUGGCUCCGUCCUCCUCCUCUUCCUCAUCUUCUCCCCAGGCCUCGGCCGACACCGCCUCCACCUCCGCCCAACCAAAGGCCUUCGUCAAGAUCAAAGCCUCCCACGCGCUCAAGAAGAAAAUCCUGAGAUUUCGCUCGGGUUCGCUCAAAGUCAUGACCACGGUAUGAGGUUAGAGGUAGGACCACUAUGAAGUUAGGAGUUUGGACCUCCCUAUGAAUUUAGGAUUAUGACGCCCUCAUUGGGUUAGGGCUAUGAGCUCCCCAUGAGAUCGGGGUUAUGACCUCCCUAUGAGGUUAGGGUCAUGACCUCCUUUUGAGGUUAGGACUAUGACCUCCUAAUGAGGCUCGGGUUCUGAUCCCCUUAUAAGGUUAUGAUUAUGGAGUCCCUUUGGAAUUAGGGUUAUGAGCUCCCUAUGAGGUUUGGGUUCUGACCUCCCUAUGAGGUUAGGCUUAAGACCUCCUUAUGAGGUUAUGAUUAUGAGGUUUGGGUUCUGACCUCACUUUGAAGUUAGAGGUCUAAGCUGCGCUCCCCUAACCAUUUUGAAACCGUAGCAGAUUUUUCUGUGUAUGUUUCUUUUCUUCCUCCCAAUAUCCUAGAAGCUAUUGCAGAGACUUCCCUUGCUCACUCUUGUGACCUGCAAUUAACAAUUCCAGAUUUCCUUCCCGACCUACCUCUGCUUAUUUUCUCAAUGACGGAUGCCUUUUCAUGCACAUAAUGCUGGACUUGCUGUAAACCCACUCUCAGUAUACUCUGGCCGAAUGCAUCCCCCAGCUUCCAGCUAUCUGACACACUGCCACGCUUGUUUAUAACGCUAUGCGGUCUCCCUCAUUCCGGGAGCACCAAAAGAUACCUCGAGGUAAAUCCUCCAGCUGAUUCUUCCUCUGCUGAUUGUCCUUAAAACCAGGUAAAUCAAUGAGCUCAAAUGAACUGACCCUAUCAGUAUUCUUCAGGUCCUUGUCGGUCAAAAUAUGCCCCAAAGCUUAACCGUACAACAUCUGUUGUGAUUAUCUGUAAGAUGCAUUAUACAGGGUUGUGCUAUGCUAUUUCUUUACAUUUCCAAUGCUUGCAGAAAGUAAGGUAUAGCUGAUUUUGACCGACUAGCUGCUAAAUGCUAAGCAUGUAUAUACUCACUGAAACAAACUUACAUAGAAACAGCUGAACAUACACACUCUUAUUGCCCUCUGGUUGCCUUCAUUUGAAUGAAUGUAGUUUGUAAAAAGAUUAUUAAAAAUAAAGACCUUUUGCUGUAAAAAUG